CCAUACAAGUGUCUGGUCACAUGGGCGUGACAUCAUCGGAGGUGUAGGAAAUAGGAUUUCCCGUAGUGAGACCCGUCAUGUAGGAUGGCUAUGUCGUCCGUCAUGGAGCCCGGCGGGCUCUUGCUGUUCUUCGGGCUGCUGCAAGUUUCCUGUGGGGCGCCAUUCUUCAAUCAGUCCAGUGUGCUCGUGUUCAGUCUGAACGGACAGUGGGCUAUCUGCAACUCCAACCGCUCUCUGCAGCUGCACGGCGCCGUACCUGGAUGUGUGCACAGUACUCUAUUCAGCUGCGGUAUUAUAAAGGAUCCUUACAUAGGAUUCAAUGACGUCAAUUACAAUUGGAUCGUACAAGAUGAGUGGACAUACAGCAAGACAUUUAUACUUCCUCCUGAAAUCAGGCAUUGGCAGAAAGUCAACUUGGUUUGUGAAGGGAUUGACACCAUUUCUACCAUUGUUCUCAACAAUGUUUCUAUUGCAAAAACUCAGAACAUGUUCAGCAGAUAUACUGUAGAUAUAUCCAAAGUAGUCAAAGAGAAAAAUUAUAUAGAAAUCAAGAUUGAGUCUGCUGUCGACUGGGCAAAAGAAAAGAGUACACAACAUGCCUAUCCUAUCCCUCCAGACUGCCCUCCAAAAGUACAAAAUGGAGAAUGUCAUGUUAACUUCAUAAGAAAGGCACAGUGCUCAUUUAGUUGGGACUGGGGCCCUUCAUUCCCAACCCAGGGCAUCUGGAAAGAUAUAAGAAUUGAAGCAUAUAAUCUGGUUCACCUAAAAUAUAUUUCCUACACCUCUGUGUUUGAUAAGACUACCUCCCAGUGGUCGGUUGUUGUUGAGCCUGUCUUUGAUUCAGUCUCCAUGAAUGUCCUUCCUGCACAUGUAGUCAUCAGGAUACCAGAAAUUCAAGUUGACCAAUCCCAUGAUUUGAGUAUAAUUCCUGGUCAGCAGGCAUAUGAAAUUAUUAUAAAAAUUUAUAAGAAUACAUCAAUUGAUUUGUGGUGGCCAAAUGGUUAUGGAUUUCAAACACACUACAAUAUGUCUGUCACAUUUCACUUCGAGGGUGAAUAUAUAAUUGAAAAAAACACUAAGAUUUAUUUUCGAACUGUUGAACUUAUUGAAGAACCAAUUGAUGGUUCUCCUGGGCUGUCUUUCUAUAUGAAGAUUAAUGGUGUUCCCAUUUUCCUCAAAGGAUCCAACUGGAUACCAGCUGACUCUUUUCAAGACAGAGUCAAUUCUGACAAGCUCCAUAAUCUACUACAGUCAGCGGUUGAUGCUAAUAUGAAUACUCUUCGUGUAUGGGGUGGAGGAAUAUAUGAGAGUGAUGAGUUCUACAACAUUUGUGAUGACUUGGGAAUAAUGGUCUGGCAAGAUUUUAUGUUUGCAUGUUCCCUUUAUCCAACUGAUGAUUGGUUCCUGGAUACAGUCAGAGAAGAAGUCAUUCACCAGAUUAGAAGACUUAAAUCUCACCCCUGUAUUAUUGUUUGGAGUGGCAAUAAUGAGAAUGAGGCUGCCAUUGCCAGUGACUGGUUUUCAAUACCAAGCUACAUGAAGGAAAUUUAUGUGAAGGAUUAUUUGACCCUUUACAUAAAAACUAUCAGAGAGCUUGUCCUUGCGAUGGAUAUGACUCGUCCCUUCAUUGCUUCAAGCCCUACCAAUGGAAAAGAGACUGAAGAAGAAGAGUGGCUUUCCAGAAACCCAUAUGACAAUCACUAUGGUGAUGUUCAUUACUACAACUAUAUGACAGAUUGUUGGAACUGGACAUCGUAUCCCAAACCUCGCUUGGCUUCAGAGUAUGGCUUUCAAUCUUGGCCAUCAUUUAGUACAAUACAUAAGGUGUCUUCUCCUGAAGACUGGUCUUACUCUAGCAACUUCAGUACCCAUCGUCAACAUCAUGAUUCAGGGAAUGAGCAAAUGAUAUUCCAGGCUGGUCUUCACUACAAGAUGCCAAAGAACAUUGAUCCUAUGAAACAGUUUCAUGAUACUUUGUACCUGACUCAGGUAAUGCAGGCUCAGUGUGUGAAGCUACAGACUGAAUUUUACAGACGCAGUCAAAGUGAAAUAGUGAAUGGACAAGGUUUUACAAUGGGUGCACUCUACUGGCAGUUAAAUGAUAUCUGGCAAGCACCCUCUUGGUCCUCAAUAGAAUAUAACGGCAAGUGGAAAAUGCUUCAUUAUUAUGCUAAAGAUUUCUUUGCACCUGUGGCAGCAAGUGCUUUUGAAUACCAAGAUACCUUAAACGUUUAUGGAGUUUCUGAUCUGCUGAAGAAUUUAUCUUUCAAGCUUGUAAUUACAGUCUACAAAUGGGACUCUCUGGUACCAGUCUGUGAGCGAGUGACAGAUGAGUUUAUUUUAAAAUCUAGGACUUCUAAAUUAAUCUACAAAGAGUCAAUUCCUGAACUGCUUAGUAGAUGUGGUAACACUACCAGGCAACAAAGUGUGGUUGUCUUCUAUCUGUUACACAAUGAGAACAUUUCUGGAUCAAAGAACUGGCAUUUUUUAAGCUCCUUGAAGGAGGCACAAGGACUACUAAAAUCUAAUAUUACUGUGUCUAUUUCCAUUGAAGAGGCAGCUUUUGUGUUUACCCUGAUUAGCUCCAGUCCAUCUGCUUUUGUUUGGCUUGAUGUCUGGGACAUUUCAGGAAGGUUCAGUGAUAAUGGAUUUCUUCUUAUUGCGGAGAAGACAGUAGUUUAUUUCUAUGCCUGGGAACCUACAACCAUUGAUGAUCUAAAGAAGUCACUCCACAUAUCCACCAUACAGGACAUUUAUCAAUAGGACUCUGGAGCCUGGUGCUAUAAGCUGUGUUAGAAUGUACACAUUUUCAAGCACUGAAUAAAAUAUUUGGAUUCUU